AUGAUUGCCAAAACACCAAAGCCUCCUCGGGUGGCCAUUAUCCGCGACUACGAACUCAACGCAGAAUGGGGCUAUGAAAUGCUCGAUUCGAUACGCAACUGUGUUCUGAAGGCUCAACCCGAGGCCGAGAUUCAGAACUUCCAGCCCAUCGACGGAGGCGAUGUUCCAGAUGCUUCCACCUUCGACCUGGUCAUCCUCACUGGUGGCACUGCCGACCUCACGCUUCCAGAGACCGAUCCCUGGGUGACAAAAGUCUUGGAUUGGAUCAGGGAUACGGUAGCCAAUAGCCCAACGACGAAGCUGCUCGGCAUAUGCUGGGGCCAUCAGGCCAUUUCACGUGCCAUGGGCGGCACAAUUGCGUACCGAGAAGACGGUCCUCUGAUUGAAGUCCAGAAUGUCCCGCUCACCGAGCAAGGGCGAGAGUUUUUCAAGGGUUACCAGUCACUACGACUCCAUAAAUUUCACAGAAGAAUGGUGAAAACAGCUCCGCCGGGGUUUCAUUACCUGGCGGACAACCACGAGAUUUCCAUGUCCGAUUCCGAGCAGAUGAUGACUUUCCAGGGCCAUCCGGAGAUGACGGCGCACAUUGCACAGGGUCUGGUCGCCAACAAAGAUGGGACAUAUUUACCUGAUCCCAGUCCCGAAGGCGUAGCCCGCUUAAACCAGGCACUUGAGAAAGAUGAGGAUGGCAAGAAAGCAUUUGCCAGGGUCAUGGCCUGGGCAUUUGACAACAAAGUUUGA